UCCGCCGCCCGCAGUGUAGCUCCGUCAAGCACGCGGACGGGGGCCGUGCAGGCGGGCAAUGGCGAGACGGCUGAACGAGGAGGAUUCGGAAGACGAUAAUACAACUCCAGCAGGCGUGGCAGCUGUAUUACCACCGCCACCGCAGCCAGCGUUGGCAGGACUGCACCACUCAGCAGCACCACCGACCCUUACUGGUGCUCUGUUGCCAACACCUUCGCCACUAUGUCUGGGUCCAGAGGCAGAAGAGCCAGCUGCAAAUACUCUGGCCUCGACCGCACUUGCGCAAACUUCACAACCAGCAGCUGUGUCUGAACUAGCGACAUCUGCAUCUGGUUCAGCUACACCAGUUCCAGAUAAGCACGCGAGCCCCCCGCCAGCGACACGCCGGCCCAGUAUUCUGACGUCACACUACCUGGUGUUUGGGUUCCUGGCCUUCGGAGUGCUGGUGCUGAUCGGGAGCCUGGUGUUCACCAUACUAUCCAGUAAGGAAGCUGCUCCCGACCCCGCGGAGGAGUGGAGCGUGGUGCCGCGGAGCGACUGGGACGCCAGGCCGAGCACCGGCGUGGUGCUGGUGAGGGCGGCCGCCCGGUACGUCGUCGUGGGCCACGCGGGGACCGCGCGGUGCGAGACGCGACCGCACUGCCUGCCCCUGGUGCGGCAGCUGCAGGCGCUGCACCUGCGGCGCGGCUUCUCCGACGUGGCGUACAACUUCGUGGUGGGCGGCGACGGCGCCGUGUACGAGGGCCGCGGCUGGGGGGUCGAGAGCCCGCUGGCGCCCGCCGGGCUGCGGCCCUGCCUCUCCGUGGGGCUGCUCGGCGCCGCCUCCAGCCCGCCGCCCCCCGCCCCCCAGCUGGCCGCCGCCCGCAGGCUCAUCCGCGUGGGCGUCGACACCGGCUACGUCGCCGCCGACUACACCCUGCUGGCCGAGUCCCUCACGGACGGCGACGAGCUGGUCCGGGAGCUCAGCACGUGGGCCCACUGGCCCGCGAGCUCUUAGCGACUGAGUAAACCGGGAGUAUCAGAUGAAGCGCGCCGGGCCUUCGUUGCGGAUCUCCAGACACGUCUGCUCUGGCUCGGCGCAGACCGCAACGUGUUAACGACGAAGACUGCAUUUUCUUAUGCUGACAAAUCAGAAGGAGCCAUCUGUUUUCCUCGGUAAAAGCUUUCUAAAGCCAACAUAGCACAAAUAUUUCCUUGUUUACAAACAACAGGUUUCGGCAAAUUUUCCUGUAACCUUCAGGUCUUCGAAAAUGUAUGUUAUAAAUUGUAUUCACUUUGAGUUGGACCUCACACCACGUUGUCACGUAGAUAAAAUGUAGCACAUCACAUAAACAUUUACAUAAAUAAAACAUUUACUAUCAAGAAACACUUUGUGGACAUGUUCGUGUAAGUAGCACAUACAGAUAAGUGUUACGUCAUAAAAAACAGAGUACAUAAUAAAAUGCAGAGCAGCACAUCUGUUAAUGUUAUCUGGACAUCUUGUAAUCACUGAAGAUCUUCAAUCAUUGAGGAUCUCCGAAGACUGAAGAUCAUCAGUGAUUAGAACAUGUCCAGCGAACGUUAUCACAUGUGCUACUGGGCAUUUUAUUGUGUACUUUUCAUGACGUAGGAAUCAUCUAUGAGUGCUAUAUACAGGGUGAGUCGAGUAAGACAUAACACCCCCAUUAUUCCGGGGGCGAUUGCACGUAUCUACAAGUGGUGUUCGGCGAAUCAUAGCCGACUACGGGGCACAUACUUUCAUCUACAUCUACAUGACUACUCUGCAAUUCACAUUUAAGUGCUCGGCAGAGGGUUCAUUGAACCACAAUCAUACUACCUCUCUACCAUUCCACUCCCGAACAGCGCGCGGGGAAAACGAACACCUAAACCUUUCUGUUCGAGCUCUGAUUUCUCUUAUUUUAUUUUGAUGAUCAUUGCUACCUAUGUAGGUUGGGCUCAAUAACAUAUUUUCGCAUUCGGAAGAGAAUGUUGGUGACUGAAAUUUCGUAAAUAGAUGUCGCCGUGACGAAAAACGUCUUUCCUUUAAUGACUUCCAUCCCAACUCGCGUAUCACAUCUGCCACACACUCUCCCCUACUACGUGAUAAUACAAAACGAGCUGGCCUUUUUUGCACCCUUUCGAUGUCCUCCGUCAAUCCCACCUGGUAAGGAUCCCACACUGCGCAGCAAUAUUCUAACAGAGGACGAACGAGUGAAGUGUAAGUUGUCUCUUUAGUGGACUUGCAUCUUCUAAGUGUCCUGCCAAUGAAACGCUACCUUUGGCUCGCCUUCCCCACAAUAUUAUCUGUGUGGUCUUUAAAACUGAAGCUGUUCGUAAUUUUAACACCCAGGCACUUAGUUGAAUUGACAGCCUCGAGAAUUGUACUAUUUAUCGAGUAACCGAAUUUCAACGGAUUUCUUUUGGAACUCAUGUGGAUCGACUCACACUUUUCGUUAUUUAGCGUCAACUGCCACCUACCACACCGUACAGCAACCUUUUCUAAAUCGCUUUGAAACUUAUACUGGUCUUCGGUUGACCUUACUAGACGGUAAAUUACAGCAUCAUCUGCGAACAAUCUAAGAGAACUGCUCAGAUUGUCACCCAGGUCAUUUAUACAGAUCAGGAACAGCAGAGGUCCCAGGACGCUUCCCUGGGGAACACCUGAUAUCACUUCAGUUUUAGCCGAUGAUUUACCGUCUAUUACUACGAACUGCGACCUUCCUUACAGGAAAUCACGAAUCUAGUCGCACAACUGAGACGAUACCCCGUAGGCCCGCAGCUUGAUUAGAAGUCGCUUGAGAGGAACGGUGUCAAAAGCUUUCCGGAAAUCCAGAAAUACUUUGGUACACGCAGAAUAAUCACAAUGUUUAUAUUGACCGAGAUAAUGAGGCAAGUACAGAUUUUUUAAAUGGGACGCUAUACUUUUUUACCAUCAUUCGACCGCUCUGGAAAAGACGCGUGUAGUGAUGUAACGCAUGUUGCUAUUGUGAUUCAAACUUCGCUUAAAAGACUCUGGGAAAUGUUGUACGGUCGGAAGCGGCUGCAGGCUGUAAACACGCCUCGCAGUGCUGGCCGAGUUGCCGUGCUCUAUGCAGAAUGCACGGCCUACGCUGCGCAGCUAAAUCCUCUCAGCCCUCUUUUAAGCAAAGUUUGAAUCACAACAGCAACAUGCGUUACAUCGCUAUACGCGUCUUUUCCAGAGCGUUUGAAUGAUGGUAAAAAAAAGUAUAGAGUCCCAUUUAAAAAACAUGUAGUUGCUUCAUUAUCUCGGUCAACAUAAACGUUCUGAUUAUUGUGCAUAUACGAACGUAUGUGCCCCAUAGUCCGCUAUGAUUCGCCGAAAACCGCAUGCCGUUACGUGCAAUCGCCCCCGGAAUAAAGGUGGUCUUACGUCUUACGCGACUCUCCAUGCAUAUGGACAUGGCCACGUGCACAAAGCGCUUCUCGAUUUUAAAUGUUUUAUAUAUUACAAACCUUUAUGUAAUGUACUACAUUUUAUCUGCAUGACUACUUGGCUUGAGGUCCGAUUCAAAAUAAACGCAUUUUAUGACACAAAUUUUUAAAGAUCUGAAGAUGACAGCAAAGUCUGUCGAAACGGCUUGUUUGUAAAGAAACAAAUAUUUAUCCGUUCUUGGGUUUAUAAAGUUUUUAACGACGAAGGCGACAUCAGGAAUCGGUCCGGUACAUUCGUGGCUGGAAGGGCGGCAUCUUAAACAUCGCUAAACAAUUAGCUCUGCAACAGAAUACAGGAACCUUAUUCUGGCGUGCCUUAAAUCCGAGAAUCACUCUGCAUUGGUGGCGACGUACGUUUCGAUCACUGCAGCAGGUGGUUCUCAGUGUUGGCAGGCCACGUCGCUGGAUGAACACACUUCAGCCGUGUACCCUCGGAAGCAGUGCUUCAUUGAAACCAGACUGACCGCUCCCCUAUCGAUGCCACGUGCACACAGAUAACCAGAGGACAGUCAUCGACCACGAGGUGCAUACAGUGUUUGCAGCAGCAAGUGACACUCACUGCUCAGUGUCGAAACUGCGAUCACUCUGCUACACGCGACGACGUGUUUCUGAAAGGUCUUCACUUGUCCUUCUGAAAUCAAAUUACUACUUCCAAAAUGAACAAAGAGAAAGGACAAAAUAGAAAAUUGUUAAGGCUUUCGUGGCCACGUGUUGACAAACUGCCUGUUUCCUUCCGCCUCGGGUUCUUCACCCGACGUUCGUUUGAUGAUUUUUUUGAGUGGUUGGAGUGCCAAAGCUUCAUCCACCAGGAAUGCAGGGUGAAGCUUUGACAAUGCCAGUCACUCAGAAAAAUCAUCAAACGAACGGCGGGCGAAGAAACCGAGACGGAAGCCAGCAGGCAGUUUGUCGAAGGACAAAAUCAUUUCUAACCAUUUGUACACUGUAUGAGCAGAAUUAAACUGCAGCUGGAUUUGAAAGUUGCUCAUCUUCGAAGUACUUCCUGAAUCACACUUCAAGUGUAUUUUGCUUGCAUUUUCUAGGAUUCCUAACAACGCAUGUCAUUUUGUGCAUUGUUAUACUCCCUUACAAAAGCUUAAGUUUUACGGAAUAUAUUCUUUAACAAACAACUGUUUUGAAUAAUAUCGCUCAAAAAGAA